UUAUAAAGCCCAACAUCCAUUACAGGUAAAAUGUUGCCGUGCGGGCUAGUAUUAUCAAUAUAGAUAUAUCUGGAAUAUUUAUUCUUUGUAUUCAGUGGUAAUUUCCCGUCAUACAUGCUUCUAUAGAUUUUGGAAAUUAAAUACUUCAGAAAUAAUUUGGGAAUAACUAGUAUAUAAAAAUGGAGCAUAUCACGGACUUUUACAUUACAAACUGGCCAUUCAUUAUUGCUGCACUGGUAGUGGUUGGGACGACGUUACUUGUUAUCAGGAUAUUAAAAACACGACAAAAACCAAGACUGUGUGGUGUAGAUUAUCCUGCAGAUACUGUUAUAUUGCAUCAGUUUGAAAGAGGAAGAACUGCGCCAAGCAUUGGACAUUUUGUUAUGAAACUUGAGACCUUCCUUAGGAUCAACAAAAUCCCCUAUCAGUCUAAUUAUAACUUCCGCAAUGGCCCGAAAGGGAAGGUACCCUGGAUUGAGUACAACGGAAUAACAAUGGGAGAUUCACAAAUGAUCAUUGAAUUGUUGAACAAAGAAUUCAAAGUUGACAUGGACAGCCACCUUUCAGUAUAUGACAAAGCAGUAGCAUGGGCAAUUCAAAAAUGGAUAGAAGAGUACGUGUACUGGUUGAAUGUUCACACACGCUGGGUAAUUUUCACAGAUGAUAUGUUCACAGAAGGCAUUGCUGUUUUUUCACGAGCAUUGAAACCUUUAAUAAGGAAAAAAGCGUUUGAUAUGACGUUUAAAGUUGGAAUUGGCCGCCAUAGUAACAAAGAGGUGCAUGAAAUGAUGGUGCAUGAUUUACGGCAGUUUGCUGAACUUCUUGGAAACAAAAAGUUCUUAAUGGGAGAAAAGAUGGCUGUCGUUGACUGUGCCGCGUUUGGAAUACUUUCACAAGUAAGAUGGUGUACUCCGUCAAGCUGCCCGGGAACCAGACUGCUGCAAAGUGGCGAACUCCAGAAUGUUACCAGAUAUCUGGAUAAUAUUAAAGAUGCAUUUUGGCCGGACUGGGAAUCGCUCAAAAGCAAACAAAAUAGAUAACCGAGAUGAAACGUUCUCUAAGUAAACAAAAAGACAAAUUAAGAACGGAUAUGUAAUAUUUCCUACAUGACAAUCAAAUCCGGACACAAGUGUUUAAACGACUGAUAUAUUCCAAGACAAUACUGCUGUUAAACUCGCUCACUCUACAAGUUGUUAGCGUUUCAAAUGCACUGUGUUCAUUUAUAGUUCUGGACAUCAAAUAGGCCAACCCGUUUGGUGUUUACAAGGGAAUAAACGGAAUUCAAUUUUUUGCUUGAUUAUCAUAACUUCCAAGUCUGCUUCUUAGGACAACACCGUUCUGGUGACAUAUGAGAAGAUACAGUCCACGAUCUCCGAGUUGAGCUGCCGACACAUACACCACUAGACCAUCGAUUCAUAACAAUCGUAUUACUUUUAAAGUUAAUAUUGAAAAAAAAAUGCUGUUUCACACAAUUUAUGCAGUUUAAGUUCCUUAUUUCUUUUUGUAUUAUGUUUAAAUAGAUAAAACAGUUGUCUAAAUAUAGAAAAUAUGCAAAACUGCAUAGUUACAAAAGCAUUACUUUCAAUAUUUUACACAAAACUGUAAUAGUCAGUUUCAUAAAGGGAGGUAAUUAAAUAUGAUCUAAUAAUACUUCCUGGCAAUCCUGCUAAUGCGAAUUAAACAUGUAAACCAAUGUAAGAAAUCUAAGGAAAUGAUUUUCGACGAUAGGAUUAGACAUGUUAUAAACAUAUCUAUUUUCGUGAAAAGUAUGGCAACCAUAUUAUAAACAAAGGCAUUAUGAGCUUUGAAAUGACCGAUAUUGUCGCAUGUAAAAUUUAUACGUAGAGUAAAAUUUAAUUAAGAGACCACGUCUACUAAAUGACCAAAUGCAAUAGCAUACCAUUUAUUCAGUUCAUUUUUUGAUGUAAAAGAACAAUUAGGUUAUGUUAAGAUACCACUUUUGUCCUUCACUAAGGUGAUCUAUUAAUACAAGUUUUAGUGUAUGUCAGACUAUAAAGCAACUAUAUUAUAGUGAUAACCCUUGGUAACUUGUAAAUAACGUAAUUUGAACUAUACACACCUUCCAAUUGUCAGUUUACAGUUUAACUUUUUAAAUUUCUAAAUACAUUCCCAAUUAAAUAUUGUAUGAAGGGGCAUGUUUAGAUACAUAUUUGGAAAUUGCGUUAUUUAAUGCGGGGACAUCUUAAUACAAUCAAAACCUAAGAUAAAGACAAUGACUGAAACCACAUGCGGUAUAGAUCAGUGGUGUUGCUUCAUAGUGUAUUCUAACCUGUGAGUAAAGACUGCUUGUCAAUAAAGACCAUAUUUGUCUCUUUCAAGGGUGGUCUUUACAGACAGGUUUGCGUUUUUUUAAAUCAAAUUUUCUGUUCAAAUUGGAUUUCCUCCUCUUCAACGGUUAUGCUACAGCAUAGGUUUAUUUCGCCGCAUUCCCGAGGUAGUAACGAGGGAAAACAAUACUGUAAAACACGCAUAUUUAUCGCCCAAAAUGUAUCCUUUCAAAUACUCUGGCCAGUAAUCACGGAUUAGAAUUUUAAUUCAUGAAAUCUGAUAGCUUUCAAACACAUUCAACAUAUAUUGCACCAUUGAGAGACAAUUUUAUAUGGUUAAUACACAGCGCUCAAUUCCCUAUACAUUGUUGAGUAAUCAGAAGCCAUGUGAGUUGCUUCAUUCCAACCUAUAAAGAGAUAUUCUUUUUGGUUUUAUGAAUAGAAAAUUGCUCAGAAUUAAAAACAAAAACACAUUUAUAUGCUGAAACAUGUUUACCUAUUACGCAGAUACCAAUAUUCUAAAGAUACUGUCGAAAUUUUGAUUACGGGAUCUUCCAUAUUCUGACAGUGCUCGUAUAAUUUAACUAAAUCAAGAAAAAGCUGUCUACCAGCAUCAGAACACGUGUGUCAGCCUGAAAUGAUAUUUGCACGCGUUAAUAAUCAUUAAAACGGAUGAUCUUACAGUUCACAGAUACCGAGAAUUAUAUCUAUGGAGGCUAUAAAAUGAUAUAUUGUGAAAAUUAUAACGAAUAAAAUGACAUGCGGGGGAUGGCAUUAUUUAAGUGUCAGUACGCACCGUUAUCAAUUCGUCUUGAAGAGAAACUAGAUAUCAUUAAAUGUUACUUUAUGUCCGAAUAGAUGUUAUCUAAAAUGUUUCCAGUUGAUAUUAUUUAUGACUUCAUUUGCGUUUUAAGGUUAUAAUACGUUAAACUUUAUUUCCUUUAUUAUAUUCUACAUGUAUAUAAAAUGCAUGGUGUUCAUAGUACUAGCAUACAUUUUUGAACCAUGCAGAACUUAAGGAAUAGACUGUUUAACAACUAUUUCGUAUCUUUCCACUGUACAAUGUAGUUCAAUGCAAAAUGAUUUACACCUCUGACGCCAUCAUCGUUACAGACCGGAAAAUUUGGCAUAUUCUAUCACCACCUUUGAGGCAGCCGUGGACUUGGUCACAAACUUACAAGUACUCAUGCCAAGUAAAAAAUAGGUCAACAUACUUUGAAUAUAUACCAAUGGCACAGUAAUUUACUACGCAUAACUAUCGUCUGCAUGCCUUUACUUAACAUCUUUUUACUUUGUAGCAUAACUGUAUAUAUUACCAAAUCGCAAUAUCAUAUUGAUGAUAAGGUUAGCCAAAUCAAAUCCUAUCUGAAUUGGGUUUCUAACUAUCAAAGCUUGCUGUUAGAGCAUGUGCCAUUUUCGGAAUGGAUUCUUUUCAUGAACGUACUAACAUAAAUCUGUGCUGAAAUAAUACUUUGAUUUAUAGUCUAAAAUAGAGAUCUUUGGUUUGUUUUGCUCGCAAAUGUACAUGCGAGUGUAUGGGGGUUGAACGACAGUCAAAUUAAAAAGCUACCAACUUGGUCAUGAUAUUGCUUAUAUGUUAAAUAUAUGUCAAAUUGCACCAUUGGAGUUAAACACCCUAAAAGUUGUCCGAAGGGGCAUAUUAUUGAAAUAUCAUAGAUUAUCGUAACUGAAAUAAUAAUGUUAGAGUACCAAUCUAAUUUACAUUAUUUAAUUUUGGAGUUGCCCAACAUUCGAAAUAAUUAUGUAACGGUAUAUACAUAUCCAAUCAGUGGUAAUUAAAAUGAAAGAAAGUACUAAUAGGGGUACUAGUAUCAUUGAAUAUUUUGUUUUGUUGAUACAAGAUCAAAUAUACAGAUUUACUUGAUUUCUUUCAGUAUGAUUUGUGGUGCACGUGUGCAGGUCUAUCCGCGCAUAUGAACAGGUCUUGUUACAGUUACAGAAGACUCGUUUACGUGCACAUGAACAGGUCUUGUUUCAGUUACAGAAGACCCGUUUGUGUGCAUAGAUAGAUCUUCACGCUAGAUGUUUAUUGUCCUUACAGAUCUUUCCGAAAUAUAUAGACCAUAGGCAAACAAAAGAGUAGGUGUCUAUGUGCCUUUUUUAUUUAUUUCAAACUGACAGAGAAUUAAACGUAAAUUUUCGUACAGUUUAAAAACGUAAAGGUUAAUAUCAAAUUCUGCAUUAAAUGAAAUCUAAUUAUAAUUAACCUAUUUUAUAUAACACUAUGAAACAAUAAUACGUAUCACAACAUUUUAGUCCAGCAUCAAUUUUAUGAAUACUUUCAUGAGAUUCAACUUUUGAACGAAUGAAUAAAUGUAUGUAUCUCUUUUCGUAAAGAAGUUAGUCUUGGCUACUUUGCUUCUACGAAAUUAAACUUUUUUUAUAAAUAACUGUUAAUUCCUCUCUACUUUAUUCUCGUUAAACCCCAAUUAUAUUCAUGAAAUAAUUUUGCACGAACUGUUUUGCUAUAACUUUUAUUCAAACCCUUGCAACAUUGACUUCGGUCAUUAACACUCGACCAUUUGAUGAAACAAUGUAUGAAAUGAUAGUUAAAUGAAUUGUGAUUGAUUGGUUAAUUGAUCGAAUAAAUGGAUGAAGCUAACUUACCAUACAAGAAAAGAAGUUUGUGAGGUUUUCAUAUCAUUUUUGUUAUUGUUUUAUCUGUCUCACAUUUUGCAAAUAGCAAAACUAAACACCACACAUUAACAAUUCUCUUUUAAAUUUUCACAAAGGUUCGUAAGUGUGCAAUUUUGUUUCGAGUUUUUACGACGAAUGAGGUUAGCAGUGGUCUUAACCAUCUUUAUAGAUGUUGUAUAUAUGUUAAUACACUUUGAAAUGAUUAAAAUCUUUAGAUAUAUUUAAAGCAACUUGUAAGUUACGCACCUUAAAAAGAGUCUGGGAGGUCAUUUUCGUGAAAACAUAAGGGUAAAUGUUACACACAACGUCCAGAACAGACAGACGAAGGAACUUUCAAAUCAUAGUCAUUACAUGUUUAUAUAUAUAUUUUUUUAAAUAACACUUAUUUUUUAUAUAUUAAAUUCUAUAAAGAAUAAUGCAUACCGCUAAGGGUGAAAGUUUGCAAAGACCUUAUUUUAAUCCAGUUUUUGUCUUUGUGCUUCCGUGGAGGUAGGCGGCAUUGUACCAAUAUGUCCCCCACACGUGGUAAGAAAGUAUUGUUUUUCUAUUGCUCAAAAAAGAUUACGUUAUAUAGCAUUGAAUUCAUAAAAUGAGUCUGUAAGUAAAUGGGUGUAAAAUAUAGUCAUUUCGUACAAUUAGCGUAAAACAUUUAUUUUCAUUAUGUCGAUAGUACAUUUUUUAUUGCAUCACUUAUUGUUGAUUGAUAGUAUAGAAGAGUAUUUUUAUUAUACAUAAUGCAUAUUACACCAAGAUCCAAUCUAAAUAAUGGGAAAUAAUUCUUACAAGCAAAACUACGCUAAUUAUAGCACAGUGAAUUUUUCAUUUGCGGCACGUACUUCUCCUUACCUAAGCAAUAAAAUAGAAGAUAUCAAAUCGACAAGAGAAGGCUUCGACAGAACAGUGAAAGUGGAAAAAGCGAGGCACUGAAGUGUAGGGCUUAGGUGUGAAAAUCAGAAAAAAAAUCUCUACAAAAAGAAAACAGAAAUUAACAUCCACUCCAUUUCACACUGAAGUUAUUCAAUUUGCUGUUGUUGUUUUUUUUUUUUCAAUUAAAAUGCUCUAACUUCAGCAGCAUUUUCAUUUGCAUUUUUAACAAUGGAAAACAUGGAGGUAUAUUCCUAGUGCGACAUUGAUAUAUAACAAAUUUGCAUAUAAUAGUUUAUCUAUUAGUGCAUUUUUAAACUUUUCAUUUCCUAGAAUAAUAUAUGUGUUUGACCAUUUAGUGGAAAGUUCUGAACAAGUUUCAUUAAUCCAUCUUUUGACCUCAGUUCAAUAAAUAUUGCUAAAAUGGCAAUCAUAAAAGAAUAUACUAGAACACCGCUGUGUAUCCCUUCCCCGGAGAAGCUGUAUUUCCCCCAGUGUUAGCCUUGGAAGCCUGGGAAUGAAUAAAAUUGUCCUUCGUCUGGAUAACCGUGUAGAUGUUGCCGUUCCUCGAGAAAACCCUGAGGCACUUUGUCACUUCCUCAAAAUAAAUGUAGAGCAUUAAAGCCACUGUCAAUGAAAAAAUGGGAAAGAACUCACUAUAAAUAUUACUUCAAAUUUUUGUUACUUUCUGGUCAUUUUUCGCGUCUAUGUACAGUCGGAUGGACACGGUAUAGGUACUUGAUGUAUAUUUUCUAAAAGUGCUUGAAAUGCACAGUAAAAUUAUUUAAAAUCAUUUCUUGAUUAGUAUUUUUAUGAUAUGUAGUUGAAAUUAAUGUUUUUUUAUCGAUUUUUCUCUAUUUUGUACGAAAGCCCGAUGGUGACUUCAUACUUCAGUAUUCCCAUUUCCUGUUUCAUAUUUAUCAUUUCUCCAUGUAUACAAUAAACAUAUAGAAACUAUGAAAUGAGAAGUAUGAAAUGUGAAAGUCUGAGAAGUAUGAAAUGUAAAAUUCAUAUUUCUCACCUCAUACUUCUUAACUUUGGUAUCGAAAAUCGUGAGAAAUGUGAAGUUAACAUCUCUUAAUUCUUACUUCACACUUGUCAACUGGUUUCGAAAUGGUAAAAUGACCUGCUUGUGACCCAUCUCUUUUCCGAGUCUGACCCAUGUUUGUCCCAGCAAUUUUUGAGUGAUUUUUUCUUCUUAUAUCGCGUGGCCACGUGAUAGCUUUUUAUGGGUUUUUGCUAUCGCGUGUCGCGAGAUAACUUUUUAACAUGUGAUAGAUUUUUUUAAAUAACUUUUUUCCAAACUGAUGAAAAUGUGAUGUAUUCGUUAAAAUGUCGUUUUUCUUUGCCCAUUUCUGCAUGUGAGAUAUUCCUUUGGUGUGCCUAUGAAAUGUCCAACGUGUGCAUCACAUAGUAUGUAUCAUAUACGUUUCAUACGCGUGUUAUUUUCGAUCGAAUGUAUCAAUAAUGUAAUAUAUGCGGUAGAAUUUUUCAUUCGUGAUAUAUUUGCUCUGUGAUAUAAUCGGCUCAACAAGACCCACCAUUCUCUCUAAUACAUAAAGGAAUACGCAUUAUUUUGCGAAUACGUCAUGGUUUAGAGGUUCCUCCGACAAAACUGUCGGUGUUAAAAAUAUUGUGAUAACAUAUUUGUUAAGACAAAGUCUUGACUUGAUUUAUUUGAGUUAUUUCAAUAAAAAUCUUAUGUUUAAAACAUUCUACAAUAAUCUAAAAUUAUAGAAAAAUACGGACGUUUUCCGUACGAAAAUGCACAGUAAUUCAGCUUUAAACCUAAAUUACGUACAGACGGACACACAGAUGUCUGCUAUAUUAUUACCAACAUAUUGUCAUUUGCUAUCCAAAAAGUGUUUAAUUGUAUUUUUAUGUCCAAUAAAUAUUUCAAUUUUUUAACCGCAGGUAUUGUACUUCUGGGUCGUGACAACAUCACCAGGUAAAAGUCGUCUGGUAGAAGAAGCUAAAAUAUAUAACAUAUGGUAAGCACCAUAGCAAAAAAAACAAGUUAGGGCAUAAAACUGCUCCUUUGGGUACACCAUACCUCCGUAGGCUCCCAUAAAUAAUACGUGCUACUUAUACAAAAUAUAUGUGCAACUAAGUUCAAACAUCACGUGAUUAAAAUACGUCACUUAUUACUUCCAUUAUUUCAAAAAUUUAUUACUUACAAGUCAAAAGUUAAAGUAUGGAAAAGAUAUGAAAAGUUCAUGAUAAAAAAUUAUAGAUAAAGAAAUGAUAAACUGCAGCUAUUAUUUACAACUACAAAUUAACAAAUUUCAGUUAGACAUAGUACUAGAGCCAUUUUUGCAAUCGAAUACCGCCGGAUGUAAAACAUUUAUGUCAACACCGGUUUUGUAUUUCAAGUGAAAACGGCCGAAAACUGAGAGGUUAUCAAAAAAUAAUUAAGUUACGAACACCAUGAGGAUUUUUCAUGCAUUUAAACGGUAAGUGUAAUGUUUAUGGAUUAUUCAAUACAGUAUGAAAGUAAACUGUGUGAAUGGAAAUUAUGAAAGAAACUUCGAUAAGAAAAUAUUGACUUUCUACUUUCACUUUCAUUGUCGCUUCUUAAAUUGCCCAAAUAUGUUCUUUCUAUUAAUUUGUUUUUUCUUGUUUUUUUGUUUGUAUAUACAUAAUCCUAUAGCAAAUUAUUGUGUGAAAUGACAGCUUAUUUAAAGCAUCUGUGAUUAACUGGGCCAAAGUUCACCGAUUUUUCCAUUUAGAGUGACCUUUGACCUAAUAAUAACUUAUAGUUCGGCAUACAUACUCGAGCUAACCCGAAUCACGCAGGGUAUUACUCGAGUAUAACUCGUGUAACCCGGGCGAUAGUAGUUGUGUCACCCGAAUUCUACCCAGCUCCUGAAGCUGGAAAAGGCGGGUGAUCGUAUCCGAAUACAUUAAAACUUUAAACAUGCCGUCGUUGGUAGACUGGUAAAAUUUAGGGUACAAUUACUAUCAAGGUUUUAUCUCAAUACCCACGGAUGACAUUAAAAAGAAACUUCAAACAAGUCUUUCCACUCAUCAGACCUACCAAAAUAAUCUAGUUAGAUAGCUUUUGAACAAAUAUUAUGUAUAUUAUGGGUCUCAUUUAUAGACAUUUAAUUGCAUUGAAACCAAUUUUUACUUUUUAAGGUCAUUAACUAACCGCAGAUGAUCAAGUCCCAUUACUCUAAUAUGUAUUUUAACAAAAUUAUGUCCCUUUUGGACUUAGAAAAUGCAGUUUUAAGUUUUACAUGAAAGUUAGUACAUCUAACCUAAUGCAGAUGUUUGGUUAAAACUUCACACAUUUCUACGGGUCUGUAAAAUAAGGUCAUAGCAACAUAUCACAAGCCUCAUAACUCUCACUUGAGUCAGAUCCCUUUUAACUCCUUUGGUCGAAAUGCUACUAAAGGCGCUAUGUUUUCUACCCCCGUAGCGUCGAUAUCCGACUAUAUGCGCGUUAUCAGGACUCCCCAGGACGGCAAUUGACGAGUAUAGUCGCGGCACCGAGAUCAUGCUGAUUGCGUCACAUACUUGUUAUUUUUUGAUAAUCCUGAUAAAAGCAAAACUAUUUUGCAUACCGGCUAUUAUUUCUUAGAUGUUAUAAUUAUUAAUUAUGCUAAUAACUAGUUUCCUUGUUAAAAUAAAUGUUUGUAAAUAUGCGGUAAAGGAAAUAAAAAAGACGAACUCCGC